AUGGUGCAAACAAACGACAGGAUAAUGGACGAGGAGAUGUGGGGAGGAGAAAAACAUCAGCCAAAACCAUCAUAUUUACGCAGCGCGGUGAAGGGCUUUAUAGAUGUGAUCCGACCAGCAAUCUUGGUCAAGGGACCACGAAAACAGCUGAUGAGCACUUCUUAUUUGGAUGGAUUGAGAGGAUGGGCUGCAUUUAUGGUCUACUGGCAACAUCACCAAUUAUGGCCACGGACACUGAUUUUCGCUGAUCAAAAUUUCGAGAACGGAUUUGGAUACAUGGAUCGAUACUUCUUUGGCGCAUUUCCGGGAAUCCGAUUGUUCUUCUCUGGUGGCCAUUUUGCAGUCGCUAUUUUCUUCGUCAUCUCUGGCUACGUUUUAUCAGCCAAACCGAUCAAAUUGAUGUACGCCGGCGAACACGAGAAACUUGGCCAAAAUCUGAGUUCGGCUCUCUUUCGGCGAUGGAUUAGACUUCAUAUUCCUGUUAUGGGUACGACUUUUGUUUACAUGACCUCAUGGCAUCUAUUUGGAAUUUGGACAGUGACUCCGGUACAUGAACGAACAUAUCGUGACGAGCUUUGGAAAUGGUAUUGUGAGAUGAAGAAUUUUACGUUUGUCUUCAGAACUGGCGGCGAAUCUUGGCUCACCUACAACUUCCACGCCUGGUCGAUUCCAGUCGAAUUCCGCGGAUCCAUCAUUGUCUACACGGCACUUUUGGCAUUUUCCAGAUGCACCCGAAAUGCGCGACUUUGGUGCCAGGUUGGACUUAUGUUUUACUUUAUGUAUAUUGUGGAUGGAUGGUUUGGUACAAUGUUUGUCUCGGGUAUGUUCCUUUGCGAACUGGAUUUUCUGGCCACGCAAAACAAUCUGCCCAAUUGGAUCUCGAAUUUGUCGAAAUACAAAGUAAAGGGCUCCUAUGUCCUGUUCUGCUGCGCUAUCUAUCUGGGCGGUUGCCCGUCUCACGGUUCCGAUAUUCAAAUCAUUCGCGAUUCGCCGGGUUGGUACUGGCUGUCCUGGUUUCAUCCUCAAGCGAAUAUGGAUCCUAAAUGGCUGUUUCUAUGGACAGGAGCUUUCAUGAUGAUGAUUGCCAUUCCAAACUUGAAAUGGUUGAAAGGCUUUUUCGAGACGAGAUUCUGCCAAUACCUUGGUCACAUUUCAUUUGCACUCUAUCUCACUCAUGGGCCAGUUCUGUGGUUGUUGGGCGAUAGAUUGUAUACUGCUACGGGCUGGCAUAGGGAAGCCAACCUUAUUCACACCCCAUACUGGGUCGACGCAUUCCCACUCAGCAAGGCGGGCCCACUUGGUUUUGAUAUGGCAUUUUGGGUACCGCAGAUAUUUCUGUUGCCCUUCACUUUGUGGAUGGCGGAGAUAGUCACGAAGGUUUUUGACGAACCUAGUGUUAAAAUUGCGCAAUGGUGUUACAGGAAGACGCUGGCACCAGCACCAAAGAUGUAA